AUGUCCGAUGUUCAAAGGCUGCCUCUUACCCUCCAGCACCAAGUGAUCGAGUGCUACUUGGAGGACGCCACUCCUGCCGACAGGCAUGACCCAUACCCAUAUGACGAGUGCACCCGCCUCAUGUUGGUAUGCCAUGAUUGGGAAUCCUUCAUCGUUGAGUUAACGAUAUUCUGGAAAAAUAUCACUAUCACGGACUCCGGGGCCAUGGGACGUGCCAUCAUGUGGAGUGGGGAUGAACCGCUCGACAUUUGUGGGCGCCUAAUCGAUGUAGAGGAGGAGGAGGACCUAUCGCGGCUCGACCUUCUUCUCCAGUACAGAGGACGAAUUCGGAGCCUGGACUUGAUUACCUCAAGAAUGGUACUGGCACAGUGGGAUGCGGACCGUUACACUGAGGUCUCCGUACUGGAGGAUCUAGUCUUGGAGACGAUAGACGGCACACAUGAUGACCCUGAAACCUGUGAAGAGGAUCUUCUCGCCAUCUUUAAAACUUCCACGUUGAGGAUGGUGGAACUGAAGGGCUUUACUGACCGGGAGGCCAGCACCUUGAUGACGAAGAGAGUUGAAGUGUUGAGACUUCAGGGGAUGACAUUCACUGUGACAGACCGAGAAUACAUGAGGAGACCAUGGAGGACGCAGAAAGAUGAGUCGAUCAUUCUACAUGCUCUGGAUUCCAUGGAAAGUAUACGCCGUUUGGAUGUGGACUCGGGGCUAUUCGGGGAGACUGCACGCUACCCACAGGAUGUCAGUCUCCCCACCCUGCAUUCUCUAUCCUUCAUCAUCAAGACGAAGGAGCACGCAAAGGGCCUGGGUCUCUUACAUGCACCAAAUCUGCAGAACGCUUGCGUUGAGUUCUUGGCGCUACCCAAUGACCUGAACUCGGAGCUGCCUUCGAUUAGCCGUACGUUGGACACGAUACCCUGGAAUACAGAAAUGUCUGUGGCUCGAUUUGUCUUAGAGGAGACGGAUGGUCUAUGCAUCACCUUCGCAGAGGGCUCGCUGGAGGUGCUGCAAAUGCACUUCCAUCACGUUGGAGAACUCGGGACAAUCUUGCGUCUUCUAAGGUAUAACCUCUCGCGGUGUCUGGGGAAAGUUAAGAAUCUACAUAUUCUCAUGCACGAUGGACAAAAAGCGGUGAAGAAGCUCGAGACGGAGGCACUGGUCUUAUUACUAUCGGGUGCACCAGAGUUACGCCACCUAGCAGUUCAGGUCCCUAUGAAGCCGGACGAUGUGCUCAAGCCGUCCCGAGUGGAGCUCGACAGACUUGAGUCUAUUGCAGUUGGAAUCACCCACGCCGAGGACGCCCGCUUUCUCACCUACUUGGAGGCGCCGGUGUUACAGCAUGCAAGCUUCAAGGUCAGCGCGGCGGACGAAGAUAUAUCCUCCAUCUUGAAAUCCGUUGCACCCCAUCUUCACAAGAUCAUUGAGAACAGGUCAUUACCGGUCGCCCAGUUCCAACUAUUGGGGCGGACACGACACGAUGUACACAUUACUCUGGGCGACGGAGAGGGACAACUUCCGGGGAUCGAUCUACAGUUCAAGGAGAUUAGAGCCCAGGCAGCCCUGCUGCACUCUUUAGCAACACACGUUGCUCCCUGUUUUGAGCUAGUGGAGAACAUUUCCAUCCGAAAGGGAGAUGGAUACGCUCACGGCACCGGGGCAGCAUGGCGUCAAAUCUUCGAGCCGAUGCUCGAGGUUCGCAUGUUACGCGUGGAAGGGCAAGGCGUUAAGGCAAUGCCGUCGGGGCUCGCGUACAGAGACAACAACGGGGACACCCACCGCCCGCUUUUCCCUGCCCUACAGUCGCUAACCCUGCAGUCGGUCUGGUUUCGACGGCCGAAAAAGAAGGGAAAAUCCAGAUCCGGGCCAACGUUCAUUGGCGAUCUUUUAAGAUCAUUAGAGUGUCGCGACAAGGCACAAUCACUUAACAAACUUACUGUUGGUAAGGCACGCAAGCUUAACAACGGCGACAUCGUGAAGUUGAGGGCCUUGGUAAAGGACAUCACUUGGAAUGAGUGA